UUAAAAAAAAAAAAAAAAAAGCGCAUACCUCUCUACUGAAGAACAUAAACAAAAGUCUAUGAAAUACGUUUAUAUUUCUAUUAAGAAGAAGUGAAGCCUUCAUUUACGUCCCGUCUGGAGCUACAAUGGAUUACACUGGAGCCUAUCAGAGUCUUUCACCAGGAGGAAGAUCCUUCAGUCCUGCUUCUAAAGUACCCUGUGUUUCCAAAGGACAAGGAGCACAGCCCAGUCCAAGGUCCAGAUUAACAGUCACUCCUUUCCACAACUCUUCCAUAGUCAUGAAUGAUGCAGCUCUGCGAAGCAAAGGACUCGGAUCAGUUCCGACUGUGGACCAUCAUACUUCAGAGAGAGAGGGAGAUCUUUCUCCCCCCAUCACCACUGCUGGAAGUGUGGAGAAUUCCUCUUCAAGUUUAACACAGAUGGAAGCAAGACCUGUUGGAAAGUAUGUUGGCAACAAAGCCCCACAGUCAGAUGAGAUGGGCACAUUAACCUCUGGACCAUCAUCCAACUCUGAGCCUGCACACAACCAGGACGAUGACAAAAGGAAUAGAGUGUACUCCUUUGUCAAAGCUCAGACAGCUGUAAAGAAGAAGAAAAGGAAAAUGGGAAUGUACAACCUCGUCCCUAAGAGGAAGACUAAAACAGUGAAACAGGAGAAGAAAGAGGAGGCCAAAGCUGGUAUGGGGACAAGCCAGGCUGCAAAGGGCCCAUCCACCGUUCAGCCAAACACAGAGAAAGCUGUAGAACAGGCAGGCAGCAAGGAGGAGCUGCUGGUGGAGGGGGUCGAGUCUGUCGAUUAUACGGAGGUGGCUUUGGACUGCCUUGACCUGAAGGCUCAGGAAGAGCUGCUCUCACCCCCUCGUUCAGGUAUGGCAGGAGAUGCUGAGGGGGAGGAAGCAGACAUGGCCGAGGAGUUACCUCUAUGCUGCUGUCGUAUGGAGACUCCUAACAGUGGAGGGAGCCCGUCCACACUGGGUCUAGUCUGCAUGGCCACGGACAGCUCAGAUGGAAUGCUGAGGUAUUGUCAGAGGCCGGUUAUAAAACAAGAAAUGAUGCGACCCUCGAACAUGGUCCAGCUGCUGCUCCUGUGUGAGGACCACCGAGCUGGCAUGGUCAAGCACCAAUGCUGUCCUGGCUGUGGAGUUUUCUGCAGGGUGGGUUCCUUCAUGGAGUGCAGGCCAUAUGGAAGCAUUUCCCACCGCUUUCACCGUGAAUGUGCCUCUAUCUUGAAGGAUCGCAUCUUUUGCCCCCACUGUGGAGAGGAUGCCAACGGGGCGACAAAUGUCACAGUUUCAAUUUCAAAGCCAGACCCAUCGCCCUCUGUACUCAGAUCAAACCCUGGGCCGGCACUUCCUGUUGUAGCCACCCUGCCAUUAGUUCCAACAACACCGGCUGUGCCUCAAAUACUGAGAGCAAAGAAGAGCAGCGAGCCCCGGAGGAGCAGAGAUCUGAGUUUGAGCAGACCAAAAGGAGAAGGGGCACAUUUUGCAGACAGACAUCCUAAAGAGUCAUUGGAGAGUAUCCUUGUGUCACUGGAUGAUGUAAACCUGAAAGUAAAAAAGGUGAAGUUUCCUGCCAGGCAGCUUUACGUUUCUGCAAAGCAAGGAGACUUGACAAGAGUCAUUCAGCUUCUAGUGGAUGGGAAGGACCCCAACCUUUUAAUUGAGGGCCAAAACAAACGCACCCCACUUCAUGCAGCAUCUGCAGAGGGUCAUCAGGAGAUCUGCCACAUGUUGGUCCAGGCUGGAGCCAACCUGGACAUGUUUGAUGUGGAGCACAGAACUCCGCUGAUGGCAGCCUGUGAAAACAACCAGCUGGACACAGUUUGCUACCUGCUCAGAGCUGGAGCUGCCAUAGGCCACAAG